GACUCUGGGUCUUAAUCGGUGACGUAACCGGUUUAGGGCUCUGUGCCCGUAAAGCUCAGCUCCGUUCGCCUCCGCCGCAGAGAGAGCGCUGACCAUUCAGUCCCCUGACCUGUCACACCUGCCCAGCUGGAUGCUCAGCAGUCACUCCAGGAUCUUUAAAACUCUGGCUCCCUCCCAGCUCCGGGUGAAAAUGAGCUCUCCCUCUCCUAGCUCCACCCCCACCGACCUCUGAAAUGGAUCGGCCCUAGCAGUUCCCGUGACGUCACGCCGCUCCAGGGCCAAUCAGACGAGCCGUCGGGGAUAUUUCAAACGGGUUGGCGGCUGUUGGUUCUGGUCGAUUCAAUCCUGACUUCUGGCACCGUGGACCAUGGCGGAGGAAAGCGCUGUCAAGGUCUGCGUGCGAGUCCGGCCUCUCAUUAGGAGAGAACAAGAUCUUGGAGAUGCUACACAGCUUUACUGGAAAACUGAAAAUAGACUCAUUUCUCAAAUCGAUGGAACAAAAUCCUUUAGUUUUGAUCGUGUGUUUCAUUCCAAUGAAACUACAGAAAAGGUAUAUGAAGAAAUAGCAGUACCAAUUAUAUGUUCUGCCAUACAGGGCUACAAUGGUACAAUAUUUGCAUAUGGACAGACUGCCUCAGGAAAAACCUAUACAAUGAUGGGUUCAGCAGAUGGUUUAGGUGUAAUCCCCAAAGCAGUUAAUGAUAUUUUCAAAAAGAUUAAGGAGAUUCCUGAAAGAGAAUUUCUAUUACGUGUGUCCUACAUGGAAAUUUACAAUGAAACCAUAACAGAUUUACUUUGUGACACCAGGAAAAUGAAACCUUUAGAAAUUCGGGAAGAUUUCAAUAGAAAUGUGUAUGUAGCUGAUCUUACAGAAGAAGUGGUCUCCACACCAGAACUGGCUCUGCAGUGGAUCAAGAAAGGAGAGAGAAACAGACACUAUGGGAAAACAAAAAUGAAUCAGAGAAGUAGUCGUUCCCAUACAAUUUUCAGAAUGAUAUUGGAAAGUAGAGAAAAGGGUGACCCUUCUAACUGUGAUGGAGCUGUCAUGGUGUCUCAUUUGAAUCUGGUUGAUCUUGCAGGCAGUGAAAGAGCUAGUCAGACAGGAGCUGAAGGUGUUCGACUUAAAGAAGGCUGCAAUAUUAAUAGGAGUUUGUUCAUAUUGGGACAAGUGAUCAAGAAACUUAGUGAUGGACAAGCUGGAGGUUUCAUAAACUAUCGAGACAGCAAAUUGACUCGAAUUCUUCAGAAUUCUUUGGGAGGAAAUGCAAAAACUCUUAUUAUCUGCACUAUUACUCCUGUAUCUUUUGAUGAAACACUUAGUACUCUGCAAUUUGCCAGCACUGCUAAAUAUAUGAAAAAUACACCUCAUGUUAAUGAAGUAUUGGAUGAUGAAGCUCUCUUGAAAAGAUACCGGAAGGAAAUAAUAGAUUUGAAAAAGCAACUAGAGGAGGUUUCUUCAGAGACUCGUGUCCAAGCAAUGGAGAAAGAUCAAUUAGCUCAACUUUUGGAAGAGAAAGACUUGCUUCAAAAAGUACAAAAUGACAAGAUUCAGAAUUUAACACAGAUGUUGGUGACCUCUUCUUCCAUCACAUUACAGCAGGACCUGAAGGCCAAAAGAAAACGAAGAGUUACUUGGUGCCCUGGCAAAAUGAAUAAAAUGAAAGAUAUUGGCUACAUAGAUGACUUUGAUACAACAAAAGCCAUUGUGCCCAUGUCAAUCAAGCCUACUAUACCUUCCAUAGUUGAAACUGAUGAAUCUUUAUGUUCAGAAUUUGAUGUUUUCAGUAAUACUCUUGAAACAAUAUCUGAAUCGGAAUGGAAUCCAGCAACAAAGCUAAAUCAGAUUCAAGAACAAGAUUUAUUGGAUUCAGUUCAACUUUGUGAAACAAUAAUAUCAGAAAAGGAGACUGUGCAGAAUGAGCUGAAUUUACUGCGUGCUAACUUCGAUAAUCUGGUAUUAGAUUAUGAACAACUACAAAGAAAAAAGACAGAAAUGGAAUUGAAAUUAAAUGAAAAGCUUGAGUUAGAUGAAUUUGUGACUCUAGAAAUGCAAACUAUAAAGGAACAGGAGAAUGAAUUAAAUUUAAAAUCACAGCUGCUCAAAGAAAAGGAAGAACAAAUCAAGGAGCUACAGAAACUUUUAGAAUUACAAAGGAUAGAAAAUAUGAAAAUGGACUUCUCUAGUUCAGUGGAAAAUGGGGAGAAAUUAUAUGAAGAACUAAAGCAUUUAAAGCAGUCUCUUUGUGAUACUGAAACUAUAGCCUUAGAUGCCAAGAAGGAAAACGCAUUUCUUAAAAGUGAGAAUCAGGAGCUGAAAGAAAAUAUGGAGGAACUUUUAAAUAGGUGCUCACAAUUAGAAAAGGAAAACCAUCUGUAUCAAAGUCAGUUGAAAGAAAGAAGAAAUAUUUCUGAAAGAAGACAGGCUGAUCUAGAGAGAGAAUUACAGUCUGCUUUUAAUGAAAUCACAAAACUGACUUCCAUUAUUGAUGGCAAAUAUCCAAAAGAUUUGCUUCUUGCAGUGGAAUUGGAAAGAAAGGUUAAAGAUCUCCAAAAAGACUUGGAUAAAGAGAUUGAAGAAAAUGAAGCUUUGCGAAAAGAAAUUAAUGUACUGUCUGAAUUGAAGUCUUUACCUACUGAACUAGAAAUUCUGAGAAAAGAGCUUUCUGAAAAAACCCAACACAAAACCCUUGAACCAGAAAAACUUCUUGAAGUGAGAGAAGAACUUUGUAAGGCUCCGCAGAAAUUGGAAAAGCAACUAAACAGUGGAAUUUCUGGGCUGAGGACUGUAGAGAUGGAGAAACAGUUACUUACUGAGGAACUUCAUGAGAAUCUUGAAGGAAGACCUGAUACAUAUGAAAAAGGUGAUCUAAAACAACCUCAAGAGAUCUUGCAGAGCGAGAGAGACCAGUUCAGGAAUGAUUCUCAGGAUGCCACAGACAUGGCCAUCAAGCUAAGUGAAGGACAAAAUUUGGACACUCCAAGAAAUCUUCUUUCUCUAACAGACUAUGAAAAAGACAAUGAAUUACUUCAACAACAAAGACAGAUUUCCUCCUUACUACAGGAAAAAAAUCAACUACAACAAAUGUUGGAGUAUGUUACAAAUGAAAAAAAUCAAUUGAAAACUGAUCUAGAGGAAAAUAUUGAAAUGAGUAUUGAAAAUCAAGAGGAAUUAAGAAAUAUUGGAGCAGCACUUAAAAAGCAACAAGAGGCAGUCUUCAAAGAAAGGAAGAAAACUGCAGAGAAAGAAGAAGAACUUUUGAGGACUCAGGAAAUGUUGGAAGACACCGAAAAGAAACUCAGUGAAAAGAUCCAAGAACUUCAAGAAAAAGAAGAGCAACUGUUGAAUGUUAGAAAAGAAGUCACUGAGGCUCAGGAGAAAGUGAAUAAGAUGGAAGAGUUAAGAGAGCAGUUAAAAUCCAGAAAUUCCACUCUUGAGAGAAUAAAAAUGGAGAACCUGGAGAUGGCUCAGAAACUCCAAGCAAGUCUAGAAGAAACAACAUCAAUAACCAAAGAAAUAAGUGAAUUGAAGAAAAUACAGAUGGCUCUCCAGUUAGAGAAAGACCAACUUGAACAAAAUAUUAAAGAAGUUGUAACUAAGGGUCUAGAAACACAAGAAGACCUAAAAAUUGCUCAACUGUGUCUGAAGGAACACCAGGAGACAAUUGAUAAAUUGAAAGAAUGCAUUUCAGACCAGGCAUCUCAAGGAUUAAAUGAUCAAGGAGAUUUAAAGAAAAUUAAUGUUGAACUACAGGAAAAGAUUCAGGAACUUCAGGCAAAACAAGAACAAAUUGUUAUUGUCAGAGAGGAAGCUCAAGAAAAAAUCAAUGAAAUGGAACAAUUAAAAGAGCAAUUAAUAUCCAAAGAUUCUGCCCUGAAGAGUAUAAAUUUGAAAAAUCAGGAGUUGAUUCAGAAACUCCAAGCCAGUGUUGAAGAAAAAGCAUCUAUAACUGAAGAAAGAGACAAGUUGACAAAAACACUGAUAGCUCUUAAAGAGGAGAGCCACCAACUGAAGCAAAACAUAAGAGAAUUUGAAGCUAAGGAUCUGGGCACUGAAGAAGAAUUGAAAAUUGCUCAAGUGAAUCUGAAGCAGCAACAAGAAACAAUUGAUAAAUUAAAAGAAUGCAUUUCAGAGAAGAUAGCUGAAGUGUCAGAGAUUCAAGAAGCUUUAGAGAAAACUAAUACUGAACUGCAGGAAAGGAUUCAGGAGCUUCAAGAGAAAAAGGAGCAAGUAUUGACUGUCAGAGAAGAAAUCACUGAGGCUCAGGAAAAACUGAAUGAAGUGGAACAUUUGAAGGAGAGGAUAGUGAUGGAAAACCUAGAGCUGGCUCAGAAACUCCAGGCAAGUCUUGAAGAAGUAACAUCUGUCACUGAGGAGAGAGAUAAGUUAACAAAAACACAAGAGACUCUUCACAUAGAGAGGGACCAACUAAAAGAAACCAUAAGAGACCUUGUAGAUAAGGAUCUGGAAACACAAGGAAAACUAAAAAUUGUUCAGAUGCAUCUGAAGGAGCACCAACAGACAAUUGAUAAAUUAAAAGAAUGUAUUUCAGAGAAGACAACUCAAGUAUCAGAGAUGCAAGAAGCUUUAGCGAAAACUAAUACUGAACUGAAGAAAAGGGAGCUUCAGGAGAAAACAGAGCAAGUUUUUAACGUCAAAGAAGAAGUCACUGAGGCUCAGGAAAAAGUAAAGGAAGUGGAACAUUUAAAGGAACAGUUAAAAUUGAAAGAUUAUACUCUGGAAAGAAUAGAGAUAGAAAACAUGGAGCUGACUCAGAAAUUCCAGGCAAUUCUUGAAAAAGCAACAUCUGUCACUGAGGAGAGAGAUGGAUUAACAAAGGCGCAAGAGGCUCUUCACAUAGAAAGGGACCAACUAAAAGAAACUAUAAGAGACCUUGUAGCUAAGGAUCUGGAAACACAAGAAAAACUAAAAUUUGUGCAGAUGAAUCUGAAGGAAUACCAAGAGACAAUUGAUAAACUGAAAGAAUGUGUUUCAGAUAAGACAGCUCAAGUGUCAGAGAUGCAAGACGCUUUAGAGAAAACUAAUGCUGAAUUGAAGGAAAGGAUACAAGAGCUUCAGGAGGAAAAGGAGCAAGUUUUUAAUGUCAGAAAAGAAGUUACUGAAGCUCGGGAAAAAAUGAAUGAGGUGGAACAUUUGAAAGAGCAAUUAAAAUCCAAAAAUUUUACUCUGGAAAGGAUAGAGAUAGAAAACCUAGAGCUGGCUCAGAAACUCCAAGCCAGUCUUGAAGAAACAGCAUCAGUAACUGAGGAGAGAGAUGGAUUAACAAAGACACAAGAGGCUCUUCAGAUAGAGAGGGACCAACUGAAAGAAACCAUAAGGGACCUCCUAGCUGAGGAUCAAAAAAUACAAGAAGAACUAAAAUUUGCUGAGAUGACAAUUGAUAAACUAAAAGAAUGCAUUUCAGAGAAGACAAGUCAAGCAUUAAAGAGUCAAGAAGUUUUACAGAAAAACAAUUCAGAACUGCAGGAAAAGAUGCAAAUGAUUACUGAUAAAUUGAAAGAGGAUUUGUCAGAAAAGGAAGCUCAGAUCUUCAGUAUUCAAGGAGAUCUAGAGAAAACAAAUAAUGAAUUACAACAAAAGAUUCUAAAGCUUCAAGAAACAGAAGAGGUGCUUCUUAGUAUGAGAAAGGAGGUGAAUGAGACUAAACUAGAAAGACAAUUGCUGUGUCAGUUAGAGGAGCAGUUAAAGAAGAUGAAUCACACCUUGUCCUUGGUAGAGACAGAAAAAAUGGACUUGACUCAGAAACUUGAUGCAAGCCUCAGUAAAAUGAAUACUGUCAUCAAAGAAAGAGAUGCCCUCCAGGAGGCAGACAAGGCUCUCCAAAUGGAAAUAAACCAAUUGAAAGAAAGUCUAAAGAAGAGUAGAGUGGUGGAUCAACAGAAGCCAAAGGAGGUAGUAAACAUUGAAGCAAAUACAGGAGAGAACAUCAAACAACAUUCUAUUGAAAGUCUUAAAGAAAAAUACUUACAGAUAAACGAGCUUCUGAAGAAAUAUACCAUGAUGGAAAAUCGCUAUGGGUUUCUGAGCAGACUUUCUCUUGACUUGAAAAAGACAUUUGAAAGCCAAAAUGAACUUCAGGUCAAAAUUCAGACAAGCCUUUCUCAUACGCCUCAGCAGAAAAAAGUUAUUGGAAAACUUCUAGCAAGUAACCGGAGAUGUAAUAAUGAUCUCCACUCAUGCAACAUUUGCAUACUGAAAAAACUGGAGGGUGUGUUAAAGCGUGUUAUAGACAUAAGAAAAGAACAUCAUAACACCAUCAACAAAUUUGAAAAGAACUUAAUUGAGGAGGCAGAAAAGCAGAAUGAUUUGUUUAUUAAAAUACAGCAUCUUCAACUACAUGCUGAGAGAGGAUCCCAGGAAUUAAGUAGCUACAAAAAAUUAAGCCAAAAGAUGGAUCUACAUAUUGAGCAAAUUCUCAAGGAUGUUUCAGAGACUCAAAAUGAUAUCCACAGCAUGGUAGUUGAAUUCCAACAACUUUUAAAUGCAAAGAAAGACAUUAUCUUGUUCCUGGAAAUGUGCUUAAGCACACAUCUUGAUGUGGAAAAUCUUAAAAAAAUAAUACAAGAGGACAGUGAUAGGAUUGUUCAUGUGAAUAACUUUUAUCACAAUAAAAUAAAGGCUAUGAUGAAUGAAUCAUCUGAAUUUGAAGACAGAAGUGCUGCUGCAUGUAAAGAAUGGGAACUUGAACUGAGACAAAUGAAGGACAAGAAUGAAGAAAUGUUAAAGGUGGUCCAAACUACCCAUCUAACACUGGAUGGUCUGGAUACUCUUACUAUAGGAGAAAAUAUGAAACGUGAUCUUAAAUUGAGUCACACAAGACAAACCACAAAGGAAAUUCAAGAAACUGCAUUUCAUGAAGACAAAGAAAACAAGCAGAAAAUAAAGGCAAUGCAGAAAAAUCUUGAAGUGUCUAAAGUUGGGAGUAACAAACAACUUCGAAGUCAACAACCAACAGUGCAAAGUCAGGACAUCAAAGCUGUAUCCAGCAAAGAAAUUGAUGAUCUCAAGAUGCAACUCGUGAAGUUAAACAUGGAAAAAUUGAAUGAGUCCAAGAAACUUGAAAAAGAAAUUGCUUCUAAAACUGCUAUAAUAGAGCACAUGGAAGAAAUUAUAAGCCAACUGAAGGAAAAUCUUAGAAGAGCACAACAAUGCAAUAAUACCUCAAUAUUAGAGCCAUCUGGUCAUGCUCAGGCUUCACACGCCCCACUGACUUGUGGAGGUGGUAGUGGUAUCAUACAGAGCACAAAAGCACUGAUCUUGAAAGCAGACCGUGUGAGGCUCGAGAGAGAGAUUAGCAAGUUAAAGAAACAGAAUGAGUAUCUGACAAAUCAUCAGAGUCAGCUGUCAAGAGAAGUCAAAAAAUGGAAAGAGAGAGCCCUUAAAAAGGAAGCACAAGAACUUAGUUGUGUCCAUUCUCCAAAAUCUCCUAAACUGGCAGAAAUGACAUCCUUAAAGAAACAAUACACAUCACCUCUGAAUAAAGAGCAGAUUUCACAGGAAACUUUGCCAAAGGAUUCACCAAAAUCUUGGGCAUAUGAUGGGCGGUCCAAGUCUCUACCAGUCACUUGUCUUAAUAACUAUUUUGAUAACUCUGGCCUAGGCCUACUCCCAGAAGUAGCUUUCAGUUCUACAAGUAAUCUUAUAAAAGAGACUCAAACUCCAGGAGAAGAAAAUACAGAAUCUCUAAUGCAUCAAUGGCAGAGCUCUUCAGGAAAAGACGCACCUGAAUGUAAAACUCAAUAAUUUCAUUUUUAUGGAUCGUGAGCAUUCCAGAUUCUUCACAACAUUUAGAUGUAGUUUAGCAUUUUUUCCAACCACUGCAAUCAUAGUUUAGUUAAACUUUACUGUUGUUUUCUCUCAAUAUGCCACUAAUGUUGCUGGAUAAAUGAAUAGGAAACAAGUUAUUAGUUCAGUAAAGAAUUGAUUAGAAUGGUACCAAAAUGUUUAUUUUAUUUGUAAAUGUUGAAAUACUUUUGAAAUAGUUUUUAUUUAAAAGGAGCUUCUGUGGAAUACAAAAUUAUGGAAGGAAUUCCUCAUGCUGAACAAUUGGAAGAUGAAGAAAGAUGACUUAAACCAUAUGAUCAUCGUUUUAUCUUCCUCUUUUUUUAAAUGUACACAUGUAAAAUUGUAUUAUAAUUUUUUUCCUUUCAUAUUAUGCCUUGUUUUUUAAAGCCUAUACUCAUAUUGCAUUCCCUUCUAGAGUAUAAGCUCCAUGAAGUAAUCGUGUCUUUGUAUCUCUAGUCUGACUUUAGCAUCUGCUCAAUAAAUGUUAAUCAA